AAUUUAUAUACAACUCAAAUAUAUCAUACACAGCUUAAAUUCUUCCUCUCAUCUUUAUCUUAUUAAGUUUGUGACACAUCUUUAUUUGGUUUCCAUUAAUUGUCGUUGUUAUAUACGAGAAAAUGGUUUUAUUUAGGCCACUUUCUCUCCUGGCUCUACUAGUUGGAGUGUUAUUGGUCGUUACUGAAUCCGAAAGCCGGAUUGCAAGGAAGGAUCUGGGUCUGGAUCUCGGUGGUGUUGGAGUCGGAGUCGGAGCAGGUAUCGGGUUAGGCUUGGGAGGCGGAGGUGGCUCAGGAGCUGGGGCUGGAGCUGGGUCCGGUUCCGGUUCUGGGUCAAGCUCGUCAUCAUCAUCAGGGUCUGGUUCAAGUUCAUCAGGUGGGUCUGAUGCAGGCUCUGAAGCCGGCUCAUAUGCUGGGUCAAAUGCAGGAUCGGAUUCCGGGUCGGGUUCGGAGGCAGGUUCAAGAUCCGGAUCUCAUGCUGGGUCAAAUGCAGGAUCAAGAACCGGGUCGGGUUCGGGUUCGGAGGCAGGUUCCAGAGCAGGGUCUCAUGCUGGGUCUAGGGCCGGGCCAGGAUCAGGCAGAAGCGAAGGACAUGGGUCGGCUCAAGGGAGUGGUCGUGGUUCCGGACGUGGUGGUGGUGGUCAAGGUUCUGGCGGCGGGGGCGGCUCCGGAACCGGUGAUGCCUCCGGCGAGGGUGGUGGCUAUGGUGAGGGUUAUGGUGGAGGAGGCGGUGAUUGAAUUGGGAAAGGAAGGCCAAGACAUGAAAGAGAUGAUGAUGAAUGAAUAAAGCUAGAAAUUAAUAAUAUAGAAUAAUGACUAAUUAAGUUUUCAUAUCAUAUAUUAUAUAAUAUUAUAUGAUCACCAUUUUAAUUUUAUGCGUGGCAUCAAUAAAUUAGUAGAUGGUGUGAUGAACUUUUAGUAGAACUGUGUGUUAUAAUUAUAGUUUAUAUUUUCUGAAAUAAUGUUAUGCUUGUAAUAUAUAGGUUGGUCUAGCUAGCUAUGGCUCAAGUACUCGAGGGCGAAAUAUAUAGCUUUAUCUUCUUUGUAUUUACAUGUAUUCUUUCUAAUAAUAAUAUUCCAACGUUUAUAUA